AUGAAGUUCAAUUCUUUCCAGUUGCCUAUGGGGCCGGUGUCUCUGUACGCGGACGGCUACAAGCACGGAGUGAUCCGCCUGCGCGUAAAGCCGGACGCGGAGUGGGUGUGGGAAGUACCUGAAGUUGUUGUUGCGCACCCCGUCGCGGAGUCGACCCUGACGGUGAGGCAGGAGGGCCGCACGCAGGUGAUCGCCAACGACACAUCAACGCUGUCUGUGACCCGUGAUGGGGACAGCCUGAACUUUUCGUUUGUUGCACACGAUAAGGAGGUUGUCGUCGGGUUCGUGGAGCUGCGCGACGUGGAGGCGCCUGCGGUGGAACUGCGCUUCCCCGUGGCAAAGAAGCUGUACGGGCUACCGGAGCACACGCAAGACCUGGCGAUGCAGAAGGGCGAGUCGUACCAGCUGUUUAACACCGAUGCGUUCAGGUAUCCGUUGCAGAGCGGUGACCCGAAGUACGGAGCGAUUCCCUUCCUGAUGGCCUACUCGGCCUCCGCCACGGCCGGUGUGCUCUUCAUGAACUCGUCGGAGAUGUACGUGCGCAUCUUGGAACGCCCUGGCGCCCCCGCGGUGCGAUGGACCGCGGAGGUGGGCAUCACGGAUCUCUUCUUCAUCCCUGGUCCCACACCCCAUGCUGUGCAGCAGCACCACGCGCUGAUCACCGGUCCGACCUUUUUCCCGCCUUACAGUGUGCUGGGCUACCACCAAUGCCGCUGGAAUUACAUGACGCAGGAAGAGUGCAUGUCUGUGGAAGCCGGCAUGUCCGGCGCUGACAUGCCGUACGACGUGCUGUGGCUGGACAUCGAGUACUCCGCGGACAAGAAGUACUUCCAAUUCGACCAUGAUGCUUUUCCCGACCCGAAAGCGUUGCUGGACCACCUGGUGUCUCGCGGUCGCAAGAUGGUGACCAUCAAGGACCCACACACGAAGACGGAGGAGGGCUGGGAGGUGUACGACGAGGGAGUGGCAGGAAACCACUUUGUGCGCACCCCCGACGACUUGCAGAACUUCGAGGCGGACUGCUGGCCCGGCAACAGCUGCUGGCCCGACUUCCUACAGCGCCGCACCCGCGAGUGGUACGCGACCUUCUUCCACGACGACAGGUGCGAGUGCGGCGGCCGCAACACGUACACGUGGGUGGACAUGAACGAGCCAGCGGUGUUUCACGGAUACCGGGAGCGCACCAUGCCCCGCGAGGCGCUGCACCACACCGACGACGGCCGCGCAGUGCAGCACCGCUACCUGCACAACCUCUACGGAUUCCUGAGUGUGCUGUCCGCUACGCAAGGGUGUCUGGAGGCUGCGGGCCCUGGCGUGGAGCCGGAGCGCCCCUUCGUCUUGACUCGCAGCUUCUUCGCCGGCAGCCAGCGUCUGUGUGGCAUGUGGGCGGGCGAUAACAUGUCCCGCUGGGACCACCUGCAGGGUACGAUGGCGGAACUGCUGUGCCUUUCGCUGUCGAACUACCCGUUCUGCGGUGUGGAUGCCGGCGGCUUCUUGUAUGAGCCCACGAGUGAACUGUUCCAGCGCUGGCUCCAGGCUGCUGUUUUCUACCCUUUUUACCGUGGCCACGCCAACAUGGACACCCUCCACCGCGAGCCGUACGUGUGGGAACCUUCAGCGCGUAACCGCAUUCGUGCUGCACUGUACCUGCGCUACACACUGAUCCCACACCUGUACACGGUGUUCUACCACGCGCACCACGAAGGUGCGACGGUGCUGCGUCCGCUGUUUUUCGAGUUCCCUGCGGAAGAGGAACUGGCGGAGGUUCAGGACUCGUUCAUGUUCGGGCCGUCGCUGCUUGCGUGCCCGGUGGUGCACAGCGAGGCACAAACGGUGGAUGUGUGUCUGCCGAAGAGCGCGCUAUGGUACGAAUACCCGAGCGGCCGCAGGGUUGCCGGGGCGGGCGUGCACACGGUGCCGGUGACGAUGGACUCGAUCCCGAUGUACCUACGCGGCGGUUGCGUGCUGCCGACAAAGGCGCAAAGGCGCGCCUCGACUGCGUUCGCCGUCAACGACUCUUUCACGCUGCACGUGGCGCUGGACGCCCACGGUGCUAGCGAAGGUGAACUGUACCUGGACGACAUGAAGACGUUCCAGUACAAGCAAGGCCGGUUUGCGCACCGCGCGUUCAAGUACGCGGACGGCACGCUUUCGUGCAGCGCUGCGUCGGAGGGGCAGUUCUCCGCGCCGAACACGGUGGAGCGCGUCGUGAUCUACGGCGCCGCUGCCGGGACUGUGGAGUCUGCGACCGCCAAAGGGGCAUCGCUGCCGGUGGAGCAGCACAGCGAUAUGGUGUUUAUUGACGUGCGCAGCACGCCGCUGCGCGUCGAUGAGGACUGGACAAUCACGCUUCAUUAA